UUCUAUGAUAGUCUUUGUGAGUACUGCUGUUAGUUUACAUUAUUUUUAAGAUAGCUCUACUGAGAACAUGCAUUUUCUUAUAUAAACACUGGAUUUUCCAAUAAAGGGAUCAUACUCUGACCACUAGACUAAAACUACCCAUAGACGUGUUUUAUUUAGCUCAUAUCCUGUUAAAAUGAAUUCUAAGUCCCUAAUGUAGGACAUAUUUUCCCCAAAAUCAUUGUGGUCUCAGUCUUUCAUCACAGUAUUAUACCUGACCUCAUUUUACUCACUUAUAUAAAGUUGACUCUGAUUCACACUCUGCCACUCCCGUAUUACAGAAAAUGUACUUUCUUCCACAAAUUACAGUUGGCAACUAAGAGUAUAAUGUUUGGUUUGCAACUGAAAUUAAGUUUAAGGUUAAGAAAUAGCAUACUACGAGCGUGUGUAGGUGGCAGUAGCAACGUGGGUCUUCCAGCUGUGGCUGUGGGGACCAUGGCAGAGCACAGGACCCUAGCCUGAGGUGGUGGUGGUAAGCCCACCGCAGUUUGCUGUGACGUCAUGAAGGGUGGCAGGGGAAGUGGCAAAAAAACCACCAGCAGGUUAGCUGGCUUCUUAGGAGCAGGAGGAGCGGGUUACUUGCAGGCUGACUUGGCCGGCAUUCCGCUAACUGUCAUGACCCCCCUGUCUCCAUAUUUAAAUGUGGAUCCACGCUAUCUUGUUCAGGAUACCAAUGAAUUCAUUUUGCCAACUGGAGCUAACAAAAUCCGAGGCAGAUUUGAGCUAGCUUACUCUACCAUUGGAGGAUGUUGCAUGACAGGGGCUGCAAUUGGGGCAACGAAUGGUCUUCGGUUAGGAUUGAAGGAAACUCAGAGCAUGGCCUGGUCCAAACCAAGAAACGUACAGAUUUUGAAUAUGGUGACUAGGAAAGGGGCACUUUGGGCUAAUAUUCUAGGCUCCCUGGCUUUGCUCUAUAGCGCAUUUGGUGUUAUCAUUGACAAAACACGGGGUUCAGAAGAUAACCUCAACACAGUAGCAGCGGGAACCAUGACGGGAAUGUAUAAAUAUGCACCAAGUUACAAAGGCAAAGUUUACACACCAAACUAUCUUCAGAACAUCUAA